GGCGCUAGCGGAGCCAAGAUGGCGACCGAGCUGGAAUACGAGUCUGUGCUGUGUGUGAAGCCUGACGUCAGCGUCUACCGGAUUCCGCCGCGGGCCUCGAACCGCGGCUACAGGGCGUCUGACUGGAAGUUAGACCAGCCUGAUUGGACUGGUCGCCUCCGAAUCACUUCAAAAGGGAAGAUCGCCUACAUCAAACUGGAAGAUAAAGUUUCAGGGGAGCUCUUUGCUCAGGCGCCAGUAGAACAGUACCCUGGUAUUGCUGUGGAGACAGUGACAGACUCCAGCCGCUACUUUGUGAUCAGGAUCCAGGAUGGUACCGGCCGAAGUGCGUUUAUUGGCAUUGGCUUCACAGAUCGGGGGGAUGCCUUCGACUUCAAUGUUUCGCUGCAAGAUCACUUCAAGUGGGUAAAGCAGGAAACUGAGAUUUCCAAAGAAUCUCAGGAGAUGGAUAAUCGUCCCAAGUUGGAUUUAGGCUUCAAGGAAGGACAGACCAUCAAGUUGAGUAUUGGGAACAUUACAACCAAGAAAGGAGGUGCUUCUAAGCCCCGGGCCACAGGGACUGGAGGCCUGAGCUUACUCCCACCUCCACCUGGAGGCAAAAUCACUAUUCCCCCACCAUCCUCAGUUGCCAUCAGCAACCACGUCACCCCACCACCUAUUCCAAAAUCUAACCAUGGAGGUAGUGAUGCAGAUAUCCUUUUAGAUUUGGAUUCCCCUGCUCCUGUCACAACUUCAGCACCAGCGCCAGUUUCUACAAGCAGUGACUUGUGGGGAGACUUCAGCACUGCAUCCAGCUCUGUUCCGAACCAGGCGCCACAGCCGUCCAACUGGGUCCAGUUCUGAGUAUCAUUGGCAAGAUGUUAAGACACACUUGAAGAAUAAAUGACCUGGAGGGCACCAUUCUAUGAGGGAGUUGAGGGACCGCUUCAUUUCCCAGAACCAAAAUCAGUCGACAAUCUUUUCCAUAGCUUCUCUGUUGCUUUCAGGCUGGAUUAUUUUGUUACCUCUGUGUUACUUGCUGUAUAAGCCAGGAGACCAACUGCUGUUUCCUGCUCACAACUGAGGCAGGGGAGUAGUGGAAAUUAUCACACUGACCGACUGUGCAGAGUUCAGAAAGCCACCUGUGAGAAUAAGAGUGACCUCUGACAUAUGUAAAUUCUUGAACUUAUUUCAGAAUCAUCUCAUGAUUCCUGUGUAUCUGUUUGUGAUGCCCUAGUUAGCAAUUUCAGGAGAGACAAUGCCUUGUAAUGGUCUUUCUCGUAACCCAAGGCUAUAAAUGGGCAGAGUGGCCUCCAUACUUAACCAUGUUAGGAUUUUCAUGAGGGUAGGUUUGCGGCCGUAUCCGGCUCUCUUCUGUAAGGCCUCCUUCAGGCUUACCCUAUUCAGUGAGCAUCCGGUGAGCCGCAGCACCACCACCGCCUUGUGUGUUUACGUCUUUUCCUCUAAUGAAAGGCUCGGGUUGGUGGCGCCCCACGGUUUUCUGCGUGUUGAAUAGUGCAGCAUCUUUGACGGUGGCUAUUUCUGAGAUGAAGGAGAUGGAGGCUGUGCUUUCCAAGUUGUAGUCUGCAGAGGCGUUUCUGCUGCAUUUGAAACAUGGCAUUAACUUUAUUCACCCCGUGUUUGACCUAAGGUAAGCAUUUUAACGUGAUGUGUAGAGCAGAGAGGGGGAAGCACUUAGCUCUCAUGCAGUACCACAUGCCUUGCUGCCUGGUCUGGAGCCUUGUCGUUAGCAUUUCCUUUAGUCCACUUAGCUGGUCCAUGAAAGCUGCUAUUAGAUUAUUGUCAUUGUGAAGGAGGCUGCGCCACAGCUUUAUCUGUGACAGCCUCUGCCCCAGACUUUGAUCCCCAGCUAGGAUGUCUUAAAGCAAGUUUGCGUCCUAUUACUUCCCCGUCCUCUGCCCACCAUUCCUUUUACAAUACUGUGAAGAGGGUCCUGUUCAGGUCAGUGGGUACUGUCCGUUUGUGUGCUGGGCAGUUUGAGGAUGAGGGUGGAAUGGGAGGAUUUACCUUCUGGGAGCACUGUUUGGAUAUGUACAUUCUGGCUGAAGAGGGUUCUUACAUUAUUUCCUCUGGAUAUUUUUCUUAGCUUUUUCAGACUUGGGGUCCAUUUGUUCGCAUUGCCAUCCCCUUUCCAGACAGCUCUCUUUUCGCAGAGCCAUGGCAGGACAAUGAAGGUUCCAAUAAGAACACUAAGAGGAAAAUAUAGAAAAUAUAGUGACUAUUGGGAAACCUAUUUUCUCAAUCUUCCUCCAUUUUGUGUUAUUUGUAUUCUUAAGAUGAUAAUAUAUUAUGUAUUUGAAUUACUGAAAAUUGAAAAUGAAGUUGAAGAUAUAUGUAUAUAAAGCGUAUGCUGUAUUGGUGCAAUAAUGGUAAUUAAAGAUAUGAAAAAAA